CACGCAUUGUCAUCUUCCAAAAUUGUCUUCCUUAAUAAAUAUUGCGUAUUCUCCAUUAUUAAAAGUAUAGCGUGAUUGAUAAUUUCUCAAUUACGUUAACUACACAAUUGGAUUGUUUUAGGGAAAUUUUCCAAAGUAGAUACAAAAAGCAUGUAAAAUAUUAAAAUAACAGUAAAUCAUUCUUAACUUAUUCCAAUGUUAGUGGGUUGGAGAUAUUACGACCUAAUAUAUUAUUAUUAUGUAUUGUAUGUAUUGGGCCUGGCCUGGUUGUACAGCUUUGUAUAGUUUCCCUAGCUCAGGACUCUUGUACUAUAAAUACUUCCUUUGAUCAUUAAUAAUACGUCAUUACUUCUCACCAUAAGAUGGUAUCAAGAGCCACACUCCAAAAGAGCUAAAACAUCUCAUUAAUUUUUUUUUGGUAUACUCCUUCGACCGUAUACGGCAGCCGCACCUAGGGUUCUGUGCCGUUGCAUCUUCGAUCUUUGUCACGCUAUGGUGCUCAACGCCGAUUCCACCGUGGUCUCUAUCACGGCCUCUACGCACUUUCCCAUCAAACUCACCUCCUCCAAUUACCCUGUUUGGAAAUCCCAGGUUUUCGCUGCUCUCAUUGGACUUGGCCUGGAAGAAUAUGUUGAUGGCACCCUUACACCACCAGCUCGUCACCUUGGUGCGGACAAAUCCACUCUGAAUCCGGUAUAUCAAACUUGGUACCGUCAGGACAAAACUAUUCUCAGUGCUCUUCUAGGCAGUUGCUCCGACAACAUCCAGCCUAUUAUCUCUUCGGCCAGCACGGCUAAGGAGGCAUGGGAUCGCCUCUCUCAAAUCUAUGCCGGUUUAUCUCGUGGUAGAAUCAUGUCGCUCAAGUCUACCUUUGCUAAAACCGUUAAAGGCACAAAAUCCAUCACUGAAUAUCUAGCCGAGAUGCAAGGACUUGCUGACGCUUUGGCGCUCUCUCAAAACCCUAUGCCCGAAGAAGAUCUUGUAAUUGGAAUUCUCAAUGGACUUGGCCAGGAAUAUUCUGAUAUUUUUGCUGCCGUUCGGGUUCGGGAGACCCCUCUUCCACUCACUACCCUUCAGGACAUCCUCCUUGAGCACGAAGCCAAGCAGGCCGCUGUGAACUCAACUUCCCCGCCACUGCUUCCUACGGCGAACUACACCUCCGGACAGCGAGGAAACCGCGACUUGCCUGGCCAGCGAGACGGCGAAAAUCAGGGCGUCCGCCGUGGUGGUUUUUCUGGUCAGUGUUGUCGUGGCCGUGGUUCGUACGCUCCUGGAGGAGGCCGUGGAUCUUAUCGGCAGCUCCAAUGCCAUUUUUGUGACAACAUCGGACAUGACGUUAAAAACUGCCGCAAACUUUAGCGUUUUCUUCGGAACCACAAUGUCAUCCCACAGCCGGGUCCGCACGCCAACUAUGUCUCUGCUCCUCCUUCCAUGCAGCAUCAACCAUGGCUAUUUGACAGCGGUGCCUCUCAUCAUAUCACGUCAGAUGUGUCUCAAUUGCCUACUUAUUUGGAGUAUGGAGGACCCGAGGAGGUUAAGUUAGGGGAUGGAUCGCAUCACGGGGGCGCCACUUCUGCGAGGGGUGAAUCAGCAUGAUGUCUACUAUGCACUAGUCUCCACUUCCGCUAAUGUCAACGUCACUCAAUCCACCUGGCAUCACACACUUGGUCAUCCUUCGCGUCGUGUCAUGCAGUCAUUAUCUUCUAAUUCAAACACUAAGUUUUCUCCUAGUUUUCAUUGUAUGCC